UUGUUGAUUCAGGCAAUGUUUACAAAGAGUGUCAUCCGUCAUAUACAAGACCAAUCAAAAUGGAAGUGAUAAAUACUCUAAGACGUUAGAAGCACUUUAAAACUAGUUCCUGCUGGAACUAGUUGGAUUUUGGGUUUAUAUGAGCCACUGGAUUUACACUCCAUUGGCUGGUCUCUGAAUCAGAGAUCCCUCAUGAAAUGACACUCUAGUGCGAGGAAUUGUUUAAUUCUAAACUGGAAUUUUGUGCAUUACAAAAAAAUAACCGGCUACUGAGUUUUGCAUAUUGCCUUCUAGUAGCAACUGUUUUAAAUUCAGAUGUUCUGAAUUCAAAAGUUUGAAAAAUUGAGCACUGAAGUGAAAAAUUUGUGAUAUCAGGGACAGGAAGCACUUGCUGUUUUUCCCCAGAUUUUUUGGCAAACUGACAAGCAAAGACACACAGCAAGGAAGUUUAGAGCUCAGAUUUGGGAUCAUACAAUCAGAAACACACCAACAAUCAGUCAGGGAGGUUAGGUUUACUUAUGUGCAUUAGCAGUAACUGACAGUGGGCAUACAGUAUUGCACUGUAGGAGUCACCAGCUGCGUGCCACAAACUCGCCUGUCUGUUCGGAAGAAUCUUGCGUAUACAUACAAGACAGUACUUUUCAUACUGCCCGAAACACUGAAUACCUUCACUAAGGAUGCGUUCCCCGGACCCCCUGACCCCCACCCCCGCGGAAGCUCUCCUGCACGGCCAGUUCGGGGGCUGGGGCAGCGGGGGCGCCAGCAGCGGCAACAGUAACAGCUGCCCCAACAGCCCGGGCGGCCCAAACACGCCCACGGCGGCCAGCUAUGCUCUCACCCUCACCCCCACCCACCUGCACGUCCAGAGGCUGGCGCCGCGGCCAGGGAAGGAGGCCAGGCUGCUGUUGCCCCUGUCGGAGCUGGCGGGCUGCAGCUGCCCCCGGGCGCCCGCGCCCCCGCUGCUGGUGCUGUACUGGUACCCCCCAGGCAAGCGGCGGAAGGGCGUGUCCAGGCGGCGGCAGGUCCGGGCCUACCUGGCGGAGAGCCGGACGGACGCGGAGAAGUGGACCGCCGCGGUGCAGUGUCUACUCAGGGGAGUGUCUGUCAGUGCCGCUACAGAAUUCAGCCGGAGCCUGCUGCCCCGCCCUCGCCGCCUGCUGCUUUUGGUCAAUCCUUUCAGUGGGCGGGGUCAGGCCAUGCAGUGGUGUCAGACCCACAUCCUGCCCAUGAUCAGAGAGGCCAACAUUAGUUACAACCUCAUUCAGACUGAGCGGCAGAAUCACGCCAGGGAGUUGAUCCGAGAGAUCUCUUUACCAGAAUGGGAUGGCAUCGUCAUCGUCUCUGGAGACGGGUUGCUACACGAGGUCAUCAAUGGACUGAUGGAACGUCCAGACUGGGAACAAGCAAUAAAGACGCCAGUUGGCAUAUUGCCCUGUGGCUCUGGAAAUGCUCUGGCUGGCUCAAUUAACCACUACGCAGGCUAUGACAUGUGCCUUCGUGAGCCCCUCCUGCUGAACUGUUGCUUCCUGCUCUGCCGAGGAGGGGUGAGACCCAUGGACCUGGUGUCCGUGACAACCAGCCCCUCCUCCUCCCACAACGGCCGUCCAGCUCCCAGGCGCCUCUUCUCCUUCCUGUCAGUGGCCUGGGGCUUUGUGUCAGACGUGGACAUCGAGAGUGAGCGCUACCGCGGCCUGGGGUCGGCCCGCUUCACCCUGGGGACGCUUGUCAGGCUGGCGUCCCUCAGGUCCUACAAGGGCCGGCUGUCCUACUUACCCCCGAAUGUCGUGGCCCCCUCUCCUGACGCCACCCCUCCCCCGCAGAAACGACCCCUGUCCCGGAGCAUCACAGAGGGGCUGGAGGGCUUUUGCAGGACCCCUAUUCACAGGACGGUCUCUGACAUGGGCCUGAGCGAGCAGCGGAGUCUUAGGAAAGGGGACGGAGAGAGGGAGCGGGAGAGGGAGAAGGAAAAGGAGAGGGAGAGGGAGAGGAGGCGUGAGAGGGCAAGGGGCGGAGGGGUGACCAGGGCAAGCAGCCUGGCUGAGGAUCGAGAAAGGGAAGGGGCAUUAGAGGCCGAGGAGCGGGAUAAGGAAAACUCUCGAGCCAGUACAGAUGGAGUAGAAAGGGAAGAAAGGAAUGACGGGGUGGAUGAGGGCAUUUCUGGGAAGGAUGAGGGGAUAGGGGAAGUGGGAAGAACAGAGGCAGAGGAGGGUGAGGACGAGCACGAUUCAGAUCAGAGAGGAAGAGACAGAAUGAGCGACAGUGGUGUUGAUGAUGCAGAGGCGCAGAGUGAAGGCGUUUUGGAAGCAAGGGAACUGAGUGAAGGGUAUGGAGUUGACAUGGGGAAAGAGGCAGAUGAGUCUGAGGGAUGUGACCCGUACCCAAGUGAGCAAGAGCAGGCCAGGAAGAGCCUGCGCAAAAAUUCGGCUCCAUCCAGCCAGAUAGCCAGCGCCUUUUUUGGCCAGCCAGUAGAUCAGGACUCCCCUCCCUUGGAGAGUGGUGCUUCCUACUGUGACGAUGAAAUGGAUCUUAAUGGGACAUAUUCCUUCCAGAGAGAGCCCUAUCCCCUAGAUAUCGCCAGAGAGCGAGCACUAACCAUUUCUUCCCCUUUUCGCCACUCCCCCUUUAUGUACAAGCCCAAAUCUUUGGAUCAGAACCAGAAUUCUACCAGACCACGACCUCUCUCUCUCCUCCACCAUUCCCACUCAAACUCCCUCCCCCCAAAACUCCCCUCCCUCUCUCUGUCCCUCUCCCCAACGCCUCCCCCAUCCCCCACAUGCCCCUCACCCCGCACUUCCUCUUACCUGGCCCCUCGUCCCAACACGCCCAACUCUGCCUCCCCUUCACCUUCCCUUCGCUCGCCAUCUCCGUCCUUCACCUUUGAUAUCGCUGAACCUGCUGGCCCUCUGAAAAAUCGGGGGCCUGUUACUGCUGCCUUCAACCCCCCGCAAGAUGACCUCCUCCCCCCCCUGGAUCAGCCCCUGCCGACGCGGGACUGGGUGACGAUCGAGGGGGAUUUCGUCCUGGUCCUGGCCAUCUACCAGUCCCACCUGGGGGCAGAUCUCCUCGCCGCUCCUCAGGCCAAAUUCGACGACGGCCUGAUCCACCUCACCUUCGUCAGGGCAGGGAUCUCCAGAGCCACCCUCCUGCGACUCUUCCUGGCCAUGGAGAGAGGGGCUCACCUGUCACUCUCCUCCCCCUAUGUGAGCCAUGUCCCGGCCCGGGCUUUCCGGCUGCAGCCCCUCUCCCCUCGUGGGACCCUGACAGUUGAUGGAGAACUGGUGCCCUAUGGACCCCUGCAGGCCCAGGUCCACCCCUCCAUGGCCAGGCUCAUUGUUGGUGACGCUGGAGUGACGAUCACCAGAUUUUGACUCAGGGGCGGGCGGUGACACUCAGUUUCUUAAACGAUUCUAAUUUUGCAAUCUGUGAAGGAGGAAAGAGAUGGGAAGUAGCCUGAAUUGCAAUAACUACUUUUCUUGGAUUUGCUAAAGGGAUCAUUGCAUUGUACGUGAGAGGAUUAACACUGCUUUUACUGAAGGGAUGGCAAAGGCUCAUUGCACAGCGGGCGGAUUAGUGAGUUGACCGUCACGGGAGCUGAAAGUGAAAACUAAAGACUGUAAAACAAAUAAAAUGUGUGAAUGUGUGUUUGUAUACAAGUGUAUAUAUGGAUGUGUAUAUACAUUUUAUUAUAUACACAUACAUAAGUACAACACCUGUCCCUGCCUUAUAAAGUAAAGCUGCCUUCAAACAGCGAGAGGGAGCCACACCCUCAUGCAAAUGUGGUCCCACCCAAACCUCACAUACGCCAUUCCUGGAAUGCCUUGUCCUGUUCUUGUCUUGUCUUUGGCCUAACCGCUUCGCCCAAAAUCAUUUGUGGAAGAACCCCUAACCCUUCUCAGCAUUACUCCAUCCACCUUGGUCAGAAGCUCCGUCCACUUUAGGGAAGCCACUUCCAAGGAGGGAUCUAAAUACUUCAGUGGUGUGUCAUUGUCUAUCAGUAAAAAAACAUGACU